ACAAUCACAUUGUUACGUACUCAUCAAUGCGCUACAGGCACCACGAACUUCAAUUUAGUGCGUUACAAAGAUUAGUAAGAUGGAAGAGUUAGGCUUAGCUCCACAGGCUGUAAAGGAACCUGAGGUUAUAGAAAGUUCAGGAAUAAAUUUCGGUUAUGUGGACCCGCUCCAGCUAAGUGAAGAAGAUUUGUAUGUGAAACUAAAGAGCCUAAAAAAGCAGAUCGAGUUCAUCCAAGUUCAAGAAAACUACAUCAAGGAUGAACAAAAGAAUCUGAAGAAAGAAUACUUACACGCUCAAGAGGAGGUCAAACGAAUUAAAAGCGUUCCUCUUGUUAUCGGGCAGUUUUUAGAAGCUGUAGAUCAAAGCACUGGGAUUGUAGGAUCAACAACCGGAUCCAAUUACUAUGUUCGCAUUUUAUCCACAAUCGAUCGUGAACUCUUAAAGCCAAGUGCUAGUGUCGCCCUCCAUAAACACAGCAAUGCUUUGGUUGAUGUCCUCCCUCCAGAGGCGGAUAGCAGUAUUACGAUGCUACAGGCAGAUGAGAAACCUGAUGUUUCCUAUGCUGAUAUUGGUGGAAUGGAUAUUCAAAAGCAAGAAGUCAGAGAGGCUGUUGAACUGCCUUUAACUCAUUUUGAAUUGUAUAAACAAAUUGGAAUUGAUCCACCCAGAGGUGUGUUAAUGUAUGGUCCACCAGGUUGUGGCAAGACAAUGUUGGCUAAAGCAGUUGCACAUCAUACUACAGCUGCUUUUAUUCGUGUAGUUGGAUCAGAAUUCGUCCAGAAGUACCUAGGAGAAGGUCCUCGAAUGGUUCGUGAUGUGUUUCGCUUAGCCAAAGAGAAUGCUCCAGCAAUUAUAUUUAUUGACGAGAUUGAUGCUAUUGCCACAAAACGAUUUGAUGCUCAGACAGGAGCUGAUCGUGAAGUACAACGUAUUCUCUUGGAACUUUUAAAUCAGAUGGAUGGAUUUGAUCAAAAUGUGAAUGUUAAAGUUAUUAUGGCUACAAAUCGUGCAGAUACAUUAGAUCCAGCACUUUUACGACCUGGCCGACUUGAUCGUAAAAUUGAAUUCCCAAUGCCAGAUCGUCGUCAAAAACGUCUUAUCUUCUCGACUAUUACUAGUAAAAUGAAUCUCAGUGAUGAUAUAGAUUUAGAAGACUAUGUGGCUAGACCGGAUAAAAUCUCUGGUGCUGAUAUCAAUGCAAUCUGUCAAGAGGCUGGUAUGCAAGCAGUUCGAGAAAAUCGUUAUGUUGUUUUAGCGAAAGACUUUGAAAAAGGUUAUAAAAAUAAUUUGAAGAAAGAUGAACAAGAAUUGGAGUUUUAUAAAUAAUAACUGUUUGUCCAAUUUCUUUAUCUAUAUACAUUACUCUAUUAUUACUAUUAUAAUUAUAUUACCAAUCAAACAACAGUAAGAAGAAUACCUCUCUUUCUCUCUCUGUCUGUCUGUCUGAUAAGUGUUAUUUUUGGUGGUGCACCUGUAAAUAAACAAUUCAGUUGAAGAAGAAAAAAUUAAACAAAUUCUUUUCUUUUCUACAACAACAUCGUUAAUAAUAAACUUUUGGUAUUAUCUUCUAUUGUAUUCUGAAGACCAGUGUUUUGUGAUUGAUUGUAAGUAGCAUUUAAAGCGUGUUAGUAAAUUAUCUUGUGAAAAACCAUCCCAUCCCACCCCCGGUCACUAUAAGUGUAGAAAUAAAGUAUUCGACUAAGUGUUAAUU